AUGGCUGUCGCUUCGAUCUUGCAGGGUCUGGGCCAGGUCGCUUUGCGGGCAAAGGUGAAAUGUAUCCACGAAGGACAAUCUCCCUGUCGUCGCUGCCAACGGACAAAUCUCUCGGACUGUGUGUUGACCGACACCUACUCAUCGCCCGCAAGAAAGUCAAGACGAGCCGCCUUGAGAACACAAAAUCAACGAAGAGUGAUAUCGGAGCCCACGACUACCCUCAACAGUCCCCCCUCGCAUGCGUCACGCGAUGCUCAACCCCCAUCUCUACCUCCACGGAGUACGUCGGGGUUGAAUCCCAUCGUGGCUUUACCCUCAUCGACAAUCAUUGCGGCCUGUGAGACCUACCGCAAGAAGUUCCCCGUGGCCAACUUCCUGCAUUAUCCGUCUCUGAUCGCAGAUCUGUCUGCAAAUCCCUCGUCCGUGGACCCCGUCUUUGUCGCGGCUUUGUUGUCGCUAUGUGCGCGGUUCAUGUCCACCCACCAACUCGACGCAGCCGAGACUUACGCCAACUAUGCGCGGAAGCAACUCGCCCAUCGCGCCCUGGAGGCCCCGUCAUUGUAUCUCGCGCAGUCCCUGGUCAUGAUCACGUUCUACGAGUGGGGGUCGGGGCGUGCAUACAAGGCGUGGAUGUAUAGCGGAAUGGCAACGUACAUGAUCCAAUCCCUCCUCAAGACGGCCGACGACAGUAUGGAACACAACCCCCAGGAGUUCCAUGACUGCCAAACCCAAUACGAACAGCUGGUCCGCACCUACUGGUGCUGUUUCGCGCAGGACUGCGAGCUGAGCUCUGGGGCGCGCCAGCAUUUCGCGCUGUCAUUCCGCCAGAUCUCGGUUCCGCUGCCGAUCAGCGACCACGACUUCAAUUUUGGCCGGCCGUCCCCUCGGCGACUGAUGCCCUCGGAUAUGAGCAGACACUCGCCGUUGUCGAGCAACUUGACCAUCGAUUACGGGCUGACCAUUGUCACUCGCGGCUUUGAUAUAUUCGUGCGCAUCCUGCGUUUCGCCAAUGAGAGUCGGCGGGGCCGGCCAUCGACCAUUCCCGCGGACGUGUCCUCGCCGCGGCUGGCCUGGCAGAAAUUAAAGGAGGAACUGGACGAGUGGCGGUAUCUACAAGAUGUCACAGUUCGAUACCCAGCGACCAGUGCGCAGGCGCAUGUGGCCCUUGGGUAUGGCGAGCUGUUUGCGUACAUCAACCUGGUUUACUUUAUGAGCAUCCUCUUCCUUUACCGCGACCAAUUCCUCUCUAGCCUCAAACUCCACACCGACGUAUUACAACAGCUCCAGCAGGCUGAUGGCGUGGACGAGUCGCAGGCCAUCCGGCAGCUUUUCGAGGCGGCACAGAACAUUGGCAGUAUCCUUUCCGCACUGGAAGUCUCCGGAGCACCAGUGAUUACCCCAUACUCUGGCUUCAGUAUCUUUGUGGCGGCUCACAUCAACAUGUACGGCACCGUGUGUCCUCAACGGUACCCCGGCGGUCGGGAGCGGGCUGAACGGGAGAAAACAGCCAACCUGGCAUACUUGGAACAGUUGAGCGAAUUCUGGCCGGUAGGACAAACCUGGUGGCGAGCUGUCCAAGAAGCGAACCGAUUCUAUCAACUCGCGAGGGAUACUCAAACCCACGUGCGCGAGGGCGGGCACCUCGCGAUUGCCGGAACUUUGGAUGAGUAUGGGGAUAUCCGAGGCUCACGACCGCGACCAGAGCCGCCUCGACGCUCCCAGCGGGAGACCGCUGCAACGACAGCAACGGUCCAGCAGCCAGUGGUGCCGGGUAGGACCAGUGGAUUGACAGUGCGAGAUCAGGCACCGCUCCAGGAGUUUCAUGAUCUUGAGACAGAAAUGCUGCAGUGGCCAUUCAUCGACGAAUCAUGGUCAUUAGGAUUUGAUACGGGGGUGGAUGCGGCCUGGCCGGCGCUUGGUGGGUAG